AUGGACACAACAUGGUGUCAUCAACAAGACCAGCAUAGUACCUUGGGUACAAAGAAGAACUGUUGUCAAACAUCCACCUCAGAACAGCAUGGACACAACAUGGUGUCAUCAACAAGACCAGCAUCAGUACCUUGGGUACAAAGAAGAGCCGUUGUCCAAACAUCCACCUCAGAACUGCUUCGAUGCUUUGGAGAGUUUCUGAAUGGCCAUUGCCGAAAACUGAAAGACAUUCAAGGUGGAGAUGCUGUGUUGUGGCUUCGUUCCGUAGACCGUUCUCUGCUUAUAAAAGGAUGGCAGGACACUACCUUUCUAAAUCCAGCAAACAUUGUAUUUUUGUUCAUGUUAGUAAGGGAAAUACUUCCAGAGGAUACCGAGACUCGGCGAGAGCUCCAGGGUGUCGUUCUAACUUGUUUGUAUCUUUCUUACUCCUAUGUGGGAAACGAAAUAUCCUACCCCUUAAAACCGUUUCUUGGUGAAGAAAACAGAAAUCAGUUUUGGGAAAGAUCACUGAUGAUCAUCAAUUUACUCAGUAAAAAAAUGUUGUGCAUUAAUAGUGAGCCUGCUUUUUUCGCUCAAGUGUUCUCUGAACUUAAGGCUUACAGUUCUGUAUCAGGUUAGCAACAAUACGGGACUAUAUAGUAGAAAUAGACAGUUAUAUAUAUGUAUAGUCAAUUUUAUGGUCUCCAGUUUGUACAUAUUUUUUGGUCAAGUUAGACAAUAAUGCCUUUUGCUGUCACUACAGUAACAUAAAGAAAACGUGUUUUAUAAAAGUAUGUGAUUUAAAAUAAAAUUUUGUAACUAGUUUCUCUUUGAACAUUGAAAUGUUUAAAGUCUAUUUUUUCAGGUUAAGGAAAACUAUAAUUACCUACAGACGUUCCCUUUUUUUCUGCCUAUAAGCUUAAUGUUAAAUAUUACUUAACAUUAUCAGGCACUAACAAUAAAUCUGCAGCGCACAACAUACGGCUGUGAAGUUUAACAGUGUUUCACUUGC